GCUCCUGAGAUGCUGCUUGGCCUGCUGUGUUCAUCCAGCCUCACACUUUGUUAUCUAACCAUUCUCAGCCCAUUUAUCAGCACUUGGCCUACAACCUCGAAUGCCUUGGUGUUGCCAAUGCUCUGGAAGUGGAAGGAGACAAUCAUGGCAAAAGUUUAGAUAUUAAGUGCUAAAUAUUAGCACCCUCCAUUUUCAAGACCACAUCAGGCUGACUGGUGCAGAAAAUUGUGUGAAAUGUCAUUAUACUGCCUUUCAGAAGGGAAGCCAUUAAUUGUUGUCCAAUGUUUUGUUGAACACUGGUCUUUUCAUUUGUUUGAACCUCACUGUAGUCAUGAAUGGCUCAGAACAGUAGGCUCCAGAAAUAUCCCCAUCCUCAACGAUGUAGAAGUCCAGCACAUCAGUGCAAAAGGAAAGGCUGAAGCAGUUGUAAACAUUUUCUUCAGCCAGAAGUGCUGAGUGGAUGGUCCAUUUCAGCCUCCUCCAGAGGUCCCUACCAUUACAGGCCAGGGCGUUAUGUCCUGGAAUUAAUAACCAGCGGUACUGGUGUGAGACAGGCCACUGCUGUGGGGAGACUGGCUGCUGCACGUACUUUUAUGAGCUGUGGUGGUUCUGGCUCCUCUGGACUCUGCUGAUCAUCUUCAGCUGUUGUUGUGCUUAUCGCCAUCGCAGGAGCAAACUCCGUAUCCAGCAGCAGCAGCGGCAACAGGAGAUUAAUCUCAUUGCUUACCAUGGGGCCUGUCACUUCCCAGGCUCAGCUCGAGACCAGAGACUAUUGGCUUCCUUCAAGCUUCCUGCAUAUGAGGAGGCGUCAGCCCAGCCGAGCACUCCUCCCCCCUCCUACACUUCAAUCCAGUGCCCAGGGAUUAGGGCUGCGCUGAGCACUUCAUUCAGCUCCAAUGACUUCACCAGCUCUCCCCAGAGCAACCCUAUCUCAGGCUCCACUGACUCUGUGCCCGGAACCCCAAGCCCCAGCUCUGACCAGCCCACUGAAGAUGUUAACGUUGCUGUGUCACAAGCAUGUCCCUGCAGCCCAGAGGUAGAGCAGAGCUGGGAGGAAGAGGAGGAUGAGAGUCAUUCCAGACACCGGCGGCUCACUGGAGAUUCUGGUAUUGAGGUGUGCCAUUGCCUUAUUCAUGCAGAUGACAGUGAGGACUGUGCUGAAGCUGGCAGGAACUACCAGCAUGACCAAACAGCUUCUGUUGAACUGCACACUGCCCCACUCCACCCUGCCAAUUCUGCCAUUUCAUGUGCCUGCCAGCUUCCUCAGGAAACCCUGGCUCACAUCCUUCCUGUUUGAAGGGAACAAAAGAUUAGGAAGCCAGACAACAUGUUUGAUCAAGACUAAAAUCCCUUGGACUGUGGGAUCAAGGAGUGACUAAACCUUUUCAUCUUUGGUUAGACUAUGAAUGUUACUCCAUAUUGAAACUACUAACCCAUAGCCGUUGUGAGUGCUGAACUUCAAAGGAAAUCAUUGUCUCAUUGUCUGUGUCUCUAACCCUGUCUCCUCAGAACGUCUCUUCAUUCUGUCUGUUUCAGAUCCAUGUUCACAUACGGAGACAUUGGUCUCUAAGGUCUUCCACUGCAGGGAGUCAAAUCGUUCCCUGGCCUGAAGACCAAGAUCCAUGUCAGUGAUUUAAGAGAGAAGUUUGUGUUUACUUGACUUUCAAUGAUUCUGUUGCGGGUUAGUAGGGAAGAUUUGAUUUAAUCUCCAGUUUGCAAACUCUGAUCAUCUGAAAAUCUGAUUAAAGGGAGUUGAAGUUUGAGAGAUGAGUAAGGGCUGCUGUUGGAAAAUGAAUCUUGAUGGAUUCAACACAAUAGUUUGGAAGCCUCCGAGCUGGGAGGGGAGAGAAGAAAUCUUCCCUCCCCACAACAGAGUGAGCAAUCGUCAGACGAGAAUGUUGCUAUUUCUGUUAACUUCAUCUGAGUACAUUUUACUUCUAGGUUAUUGCUUUAGGAAUUGACCUUGAAUGUCAGGGAUAUCUUUUUGCUCAGUAGUUUUAAAGAUCCAAGUAAAUGGCUUUGGAAAAUUCCAAAGAUUGUGGUGCAGAGACCAUCUGCUCAUUAAAGACAACAAAAUGUGAGGCUGGAUGAACACAGCAGGCCAAGCAGCAUCUCAGCCGAUAUGUCCCACUCUGCAAUAGGUUACUGGUAGAGAGAAAGCACUGUCUAAAAAGUUAGUGGUAGAGGAUUCAAACUUUUAAAAGGAAGUACUUGAAAGAAUAACUUUGCAGAACUGCAAAAGUGUAAUGAGUUGAAUUAAUUAGAACUUACAAAGAGCUAGCACAUCAGCCAAAUGGUCUCCUCUUGGUCUAUCUACUUCUGUUGUAUAAUAAAAACUGAAAAAACUGUGGAUGCUGUAAAUCAGGAACAAAAAUUAAAGUUGCUGGAAAAGCUCAGCAGGUCUGGCGGAAAUGUUAACUGAUUUGUUUUCACAAAUGCUGCCAGACCUGUUGAGUUUUUCCAGCAACUUGGGUUUUUGUUCCUUCUGUUGUAUAUUGCUGUCACUCAUGCAGAGAUAGCAGCUGCUAUUUUACCCUCUUCUCAUCCCCUCUGUCCUGGUUGUGGUUACUACUUUAAUACACAGCAAGGAGGGAUGGACAACACCUGCUUCGUUGCCCAUUGUCAUAAGUGUGACAUAUGUAAAUAUUUCAUUUAUGAUCUCAGGAUAUCCUAAAGUGCUUUACAGCUAAUAAAGUACUUUUGAAUGUAGUUCCUGUUAAAGUGGCAGCUAAUUUGAGCACAGCAAGAACUCAACAAACCAGUGCUGAUUAAUGGAUAAAUGACUCUCUUCCUCUUCAUGUUAGAUGGUCUGCAUUGCCCCUUGUGGGCUUUACUUGUGUAGCCUAUUAAAUACUUACAAGCGCUUACUAGGGGGGAUUAAUAGGAUAAAAGCAAAAGUGUCAGCAAUUUUUCUGGUGGGAAAGAAACAUAGUUGCAGAAAAAAUGAAGGAUAAAUGUUAACUAGAAGUCUGUUGAACUCACUUGCUUUUUUAAGCCAUGGAAUCUUCAGUAUCCAUCUAAUAUAGCUAUCUGAUUCACUAGUGUUCUUACAGUGGAUAAAAUCUGCUGUUUGUACAUGAUCUGGCCUACAUGUGACUCUGGACUCUCAGUAAGCCCCUGUUCAAGGGCAGAGAUGGUCAACAGAUGAUGCCCCUGUCUAGUGAUACCUAACAACCCCAGAAUCAGCCUAGGUUUAAACACCCUAUGUCCUUAUAUGUUAUCAUCUGCCUGUACUGCUUGCAAAACAAAAUUCUUCACUGUAUUCAGGUAUAUGUGACAACAACAAAUCAAAUUGUGGACUCUCAUCAAGUGAGCAGGACAUGACCGGUAACCUUUUAACUCAAAGGAAUUCACUCACCACUGCAACUAGAGUGAAAAACUGUCAGCUGAGUGAGUUGUCAUUGCGAACAGGGCAAAGUUGCCUCCCUCUUCAUGUGCUAACUGCAUGAGAGCCAAAAGGUAACUCUGGUCAAAGAGUGAGAACGUCAGAGCUGAAUAGCACAGAAACUGACCCUUUGGUCCAACUUGUCCAUGCUGACCAAAUAUCGAAACUAAUCUGUUUCCUGUUUGUCAGCAUUUGGCCCAUAUUCCACUAAAUACUUCCUCUUCAUGUAUCCAUCCAGCUGGCUUUUAAAUGUUGCACCCACCUCCACUACUUCUUUCAGCAGCUCAUUUCAUAUAUGCACCACCCUCAGUGUGAAAAAAUGCCCUCUUGGUUGAACUCCCAUAGCCUAAAGAAAAGACCUUAGCUAUUCACAUCCAUGCCCUUAGUGAUUUUAUAAAAACCUCUAAAGGUCACCCCUCAGCUUAAACCCUCCAGCCCUGACAACAUCCUUGUAAAUCUUUUCGGAACCCUUUCAAGUUUCACAAUGUCCUUCAUCGAGCAGAGAGUGCAGAACUGCACACUAGUCCAAAAGGAGCAAAACCAAUAUCAUGCACAGCUGCAACAUAACCUCCUUAUUCCUGUACUCAAUGCACUGACCAGUGAAAGGGAAGUGUACCAAACACCUUAUUCACUAUCCCAUCUACCUGCAACUCUUUUAUGGAACUGAGGUUCAGCAACACCUCCCACCACCAUUGUGUAUAAGCCAUGCCCUGAUUUGCUUUUCCAGAAUGCAGUGCCUCAUUUAUCCAAAUUAAACUCCAUCUGCCACUCCUCAGCCCAUUGGCACAACAAAAAGCAGUAGAAUUCAUCGAUCCUUGCAGCACUCUACUGGACACAGGCCUCUAGUCUGAAAAGCAACCACCACCCUGUCUCUUCUAGGGGUAGUUCUCCCUGUAUUCAUGUGAUCUGACCUUGCUAAUCAGUCUGCCAUGAGGAACCUUGUUGAGCACAUUACUGAAGUCUACCUAGAUCAUGUCCACCACUCUGCCCUCAUCAAUCCUCUGUUACUACUUUAAUCAAGUUAGUGAGACAUGAUUGCUCAUGGACAUCCCUGCUAAAAUUCUUCAGGGUAGUGGCUUACACCCAAAUAACUUCAGCUGCUGUAUCAAUGACCUUCCCUCCAUAUGUCAGAAGCACGAUGAUCAGCAGUCGUCUUUUCAGUUGAUAAAGCAGUACUUUGCUGAGCAAGGAUUCUACAACACACUAAGGUAAAAUGCUAUUGGCUUGAUGAGGUAUGUUCAAGAAGCUUGACAGAUGACAAGACAUAGUUCCUAGAAAUUAUAAUGAUGCUUAAUAGGAUUAGGGUGACUAUUUGAGUUCUCUAUACAGAAGACAGAACUAAUCCACACAUUUAUAAGUUACAUUUACAGAUCAAUUUGGUUAUCUGGGGAGGUAAUGGCCUAGUGGUAUUGUCACUGGACUGUUAAUCAAGAGACCCAGAUAACAUUCUGGGGACCGAGGUUCAAAUCCUAACACAACGGGUGGUGGAGUUUGAAUUAAAAACAAAAUCUGGAGCAAAGAAUCUAAUGAUGACCAUGAAUGCACUGUUGAUUGUCAGAAAAACCCAUCUGGUUCACUGAGGUCCUUUAGGAAAGGAAACUGCCAUCCUACCUUGGUCUGGCCUACAUGUCACUCCAGACCCACAGCAAUGUGGACUCUUAAAUGCCCUCUGGGCAAUUAGGGAUGGACAAUAAAUGCUGCCUGGUCAGUGAUACCCUCAUCUUGUUUAUGAAUAAAGAAAAAAAUCUGCUGCA